CUUGAGCCAAGUUAGUCAAACACAUUGACCCGAGAGCCCACCAUAUUGACCCGUUGACCAAAGUCAAAAUUGAAUCACUCCCAUCUUCUUCACCAAUCAAUCACCAGCACUGUGAGCGAAUCUUUUCUACAUUCUGAAUUCUGAAAGCUCCAUCUCACCCAACUCUCGGCAAAGUCCACACCAAUCACACUCAAAAUACCGUACAAUUAUUUUAACGCUAGUGGCCAAGCACAAUGUUUGAAAUUCACACUGAGUUCAAGCUCGAGGAGCCUUCCCAUGAAAACGAAGUGUAGAAUUGAAUAAUGCCGCGAGUCAACCCAACCCAAGUAGGAUUUAAGCAUUUAUAGUGCUCUGAGAUCUCAAGCUGCUCACAACUACUCUUCUCCUUCAAAUUGUUGGUGCGGUUUUGUUUUUCGAUUUGGAGUUCGAUUGAGCGGAGACCUAAUUGGGGAAGGAAAUGGAUGAGUUUUUUUACAGUCCGAGCAAGAAAUCGAGGCGCGAUGAGGAGGAGAAGGGGAGCGGGAAGAUCAGAGGAUCUGUGGUCGUGAUGAAGAAGAACCUGCUCCAGCUCAAUGACGUGGCGGCGUCGGUCGUCGAUCGGUUUGAUGAGAUCCUGGGAAGAAAGGUGGCGCUGCAGCUCAUCACCACCGCCGCCUCCGCCUCCGCCGAAGAUGGCUACAGAGGAAAACCCGGCAAGAAAGCGUACUUAGAAGACUGGGUCACGAAAGCCCCCUCUCUGGCAGCUGGGCCCACCACCUACAACGUCACGUUCGAGUGGGCCGAGGACUCAGGCUUUCCCGGUGCCUUCACGAUAGCAAACUUUCACCAUAACGAAUUCUAUCUCAAGUCUCUCACCCUCGAGGAAGUCCCUGGCCAUGGCCGAGUCCAUUUCGUGUGCAAUUCUUGGGUCUACCCAGCCGAACACUACAAGAGGGACCGAAUCUUUUUCGCUAAUCAGGCAUAUCUUCCCAGUCAAACUCCGGCUGCUCUGCGUGCUUACAGAGAAGAAGAACUUGAGAAUCUGAGAGGCAAUGGGACCGGAAAACGUGAGGAGUGGGAUCGAGUGUACGAUUAUGAUAUCUACAAUGAUUUGGGCGACCCGGAUAGAGGCCCGGAGCAUGUUCGGCCGACUCUUGGCGGUUCAGUCGAGCAUCCGUAUCCUCGUAGGGGAAGAACCGGACGGCCUCCAGCUUCAUCAGAUCCCGAGUGUGAGAGCAGAAUACCAUUGUAUCAGAGCUUGAGUAUCUACGUGCCGAGGGACGAGAGGUUCAGUGGUGUGAAAAUGUCGGAUUUUGUGGCGUAUGGGUUAAAGUCGAUAUUUCAGUUUCUUGGUCCUGAGUUCAUGGCACUGUUUGACGAGACGCCGACUGAGUUUGACUCGUUCGAGGAUGUGCUGAAGCUUUAUGAAGGUGGGGUCCACGUGACGGAUGGGUCUUUGAUGGAGAGGAUUAGAAAUAGUAUCCCGUUCGAGAUGAUAAAGGAGCUGCUCAGGUCGGAUGGGGAGAAAACGUUCAAAUUUCCAAUGCCACAGGUCAUUAAAGAGGAUAAAACUGCUUGGAGAACAGAUGAAGAAUUUGCUAGAGAAAUGCUGGCUGGAAUCAAUCCUGUUGUUAUCCGGCGACUUCAAGAGUUCCCCCCAAGAAGCAAGCUAGAUCCUGAGCUAUAUGGAAAGCAAUCUAGCACUAUCUCUGAAGAGCACAUUAUGAACAGCCUAGAAGGUCUGACCAUACGCGAGGCGAUUCAGAACAAUAAACUGUUCAUAUUAGAUCAUCACGACAGCUUGAUGCCUUACCUGAGGAGAAUAAACACAACAGCAACAAAAACAUACGCCACACGGACGAUUCUCUUCCUGAAAAGAGAUGGAACACUGAAGCCACUAGCAAUCGAGCUAAGCUUGCCAAAUCCUGAAGGGGAUCAUCUUGGAGCAAUAAGCUCUGUACACACCCCAGCAGCAGAAGGACUCGAAGGUUCGAUUUGGCAGUUGGCUAAGGCUUAUGUUUCGGUGAAUGACUCGGGAUAUCAUCAGAUCAUGCUACACACGCAUGCAGUGAUCGAGCCGUUCAUUAUUGCUACAAACCGACAGCUGAGCGUACUUCACCCGAUUCAUAAGCUUUUGCAGCCUCAUUUUAAGGAUACGAUGCAUAUCAACGCACUCGGCCGGCAAACCCUCAUAAAUGCCGGAGGGUUUCUUGAGAUAACUGUUUUCCCGGGAAAAUAUUCCAUGGAGAUGUCGAGUAGCAUUUACAAGAACUGGGUUUUUCCCGAGCAGGCUCUCCCUGCAGAUCUUAUUAAGAGAGGAGUCGCGGUCGAGGACCCCAGCUCGCCCCAGGGCAUUCGCCUGCUAAUCGAGGACUACCCGUUCGCAGUGGACGGGCUCGAAAUCUGGUCCGCCAUCAAAUCAUGGGUCGAUGACUACUGCAGCCUCUACUACACAACCAACGAGACAAUCAAAACAGACAUCGAGCUCCAAUCAUGGUGGACCGAAAUACGAAUAAAAGGACACGCGGACAAGAAAAACGAGCCAUGGUGGCCCGCAAUGCAGACCCGCGAAGACCUAGUCAACUCCUGCACCAUCAUCAUAUGGAUAGCAUCAGCUCUCCACGCAGCAGUCAACUUCGGUCAAUACCCUUACGGUGGCUACCUCCCGAACCGCCCGUCCACUAGCCGCCGGCUCAUACCGAAAACCGGGACUCCCGAGCAUGAAGAGCUCGUGGCAAAACCCGAGUUGGCAUACUUGAAGACGAUUACAUCCCAGCUGCAGAGCGUGCUCGGGAUUUCGCUUGUUGAGAUAUUGUCGAGGCACUCGGCUGACGAGGUUUUCCUCGGGCAGCGUGAUACGCCAGAGUGGACGGUGGAUAAACGGGCGAUUGAGGCUUUCGAGAGGUUCGGGAGGAGGCUUGGGGAGAUAGAGAGUAGGAUUGUGGAGAUGAAUGGGGAAGGGAAGUGGAGGAAUAGAUAUGGGCCGGUUAAGAUGCCUUACACUUUGUUGUAUCCGAGCAGUGAGGUCGGGCUUACGGGUCGAGGGAUUCCGAACAGCAUAUCCAUAUAGAUGAUGCUUACUUUUCUUUAUUUUUUAUUUAUUUUUAAUUGAAUUGUUGUGUGUGGAUUUGCUAAUAAAAUUUGAUGUAAUGUAUAUGUCCUACUAUGGCUAUGGAGAAGUCUUGGUCACCUUUGUGUGAGAUUCAUAAGUUUGUUGUUGAGACUUGAAACCUCAUUGGAUAAAGUUUUAUGAUUGUUUUUGGGGGCAUAAAGUUCAUAUCUUUUUAUUCAGAGGGAAAGUGUUCUGUGGGAUUACUGAUUAGGCUGGUUCAGGUUGUAUCAACCUGUUGAAUAAUGUAGGUGACGUACUAUGUGUAUAUAUAUGCUUCUAGUUCAAGAUGUUCAUAAGGACUUUGUCCAGUUUUUGAAGAUUUGAUCAGCCAAACUUUUAUUACAAGGAUUGAUGCAGAUUAAAUUGUAACCAUGUUGCAGAAAAAAAUAAAAAAAUACCUAGUUGAAGUGUGC